CUUUUAUUGUUCGUGCACAAAAGUAGAAGGCACGAGUCUGUAGACCUGCACCCUGAUCAGCUGAUUUGCUAUUAUAUGUCAUGCUAGUUUCCAUCAUCUGUUGUUUGUAUUUGUCAUUUCUCAUGUGGGCGAGUCUCCAUCUUUCUUUUGAGUUCUAAAAUGAAUUUAGUUUCUUGGAGCGUCCCCAGAAAAUCACUAUUUGCCUAUUUUAUCAUUGCUUAUGAGAAACGUGACUUUAUUAUUGUGCUGAUCUCAACAGAUUGACACAAAUGAAGUGUCGCAGGUGAAAAGGAGAACAAAAUCUGAUCCGUGUGUCUGCUUUUGCUGCUACCUGUUGGUAAAUGUCAGUUGUUUUAUUAAUAGUAGUCUUGUUCUGUAUAACAAGACAGAGCUGUUAAAUUACAUGUAAUGAGAGUAGAUUUCAGAGAGCUGGUUAGUAGUCAUGUCCAUCUGUUGAAUCAGGUGUGUGAAAACCACCUCAGUAGCACGUUGAAUGCUGACUUCCUGAGCAGCGCUCACCUGAUUGUCUCAUCGUUGUAAUUGGAUUAACUAAAGCCUCCGCCACACAUGACGCUGCAGCCGUGUGUCGAAAGCUCACUUGCUGAGUGUUGCUCUCAGAUGGAGGUACUGAGUGAAGCUGAGUUAGACGCUUAUGCCUUGUUUGUCAGGGUGCUGUCCCGUGGGAUGGAUGACGGCCAAGAACCGGAUCAAUAUGAGGAGCGUCUAAAGGAAGUUUUUAACAGUUUUGACACCAGCGGCUGUGGCUCUCUGAGCCCAGAGGAGCUCUCUGACCUCUGCCAGUCGCUGCACCUGGAGGAUGCUACACCUGUCCUCCUCCACACGCUGCUGCAGAACCAGGACCACCUCACUGCCAGGGUUGACUUUGACCAGUUCAAGAAUGCACUUAUUCUGGUUUUGUCUUCAACCCUUGAGUCUCAUCAGGCAGAACAGGAAGCCUCACUAAGCCCAGAGUCUCCAGAAAUCCAACCGAAGUUUGUGAAGGGGGGUAAGCGUUAUGGCCGCCGCUCCACGCCAGAGUUCAGCGAGCCUGAAGAGUCUGGGGUGCUGAACCUAAACCCGGCUGAUGAGGAGGAUUUGGAGGACACCUAUGACUCAGCCGUCCCUAGGAAGCGUGAGCGCUGGAAUGCCCACAAAACAAGCACAGAGGAGUACGAGGCAGAAGGUCAGAUGCACCUGUGGAACCCCGACGAGCCGAGCACACCUCGGGGGUCCGCCGCUUCUCUGACGGCGCGCUUAGAGGGGCAGCUGCGCGAAGCAUGUGAUGAGUUGGAAAUAGCGUGGGAUGGAAGUGCCGAUCACGCUGAACUUCUGACUCUGUGUGAACAUCUGGGCCUGGAGCUAAACGGGGAGGUUCUCCUAAAUCUGACUGGCGAUGGCGUGAUGAAUGUUCAGGAGUUUGUUUCCAGGGUUUUAAAUCACAACAAGCCCCCGACGCCAUCCGCCUCCACUCCUUACAGGCAGCUCAAACGCCACCACUCCACUCAGCCUUUUGAUGAGGUAGGCCGCAGGAUCUCUGCGUUACCCAGCUCCAUUGGCAUGCGCCUCUUCUCUACUCUUGAUGAUGGGACCGGUUUCACUCCAGUCGAAUACAUCCUGGAUGCCUGGAUCGAUGAGGGAAUAGAAAACAGCGCUGAGAUCCUACAGGCCUUGAAUUUUGAUCUGGAUGGAAAACUGAGUCUUGGCGAUCUCACAGCGGCGCUGGAAAACGAGCUCCUGGUUACCAAGAACGGGGUCCACCAAGCAGCGCUGGCAAGCUUUAAAUCUGAGAUCCGAUGUCUUGUGGAACGAGUUGACCGAGAAAUCCGGGAAAAGGAAAAAAUCCAGCUGGAUCUGGAAAGAGCUGAGAAGCAGAAAACUCAACUCGCAGCUGAGGUGGAUGAGCAUCACUCUGCUAUCGAGCACAAGAACAACCUCAACCUCAGGAAGCUUGAGCAGGACUACAAGGAGAAGCUCACAGCAGUGCGAUCAGAGCUGAUGAAGGAGAUGGACCACAUCCAGCAGCAGGCCGGCCUGCAGCGAGAAGAGCUGGAGGCAGAGAUGGAGAAGAUCCGGGAGGAGGAAUCUUUUCUCAGAGACCAUCUCUCCAUCUCGGUGAAGGAGAACAGGCGUCUUGAGAUGGAGCUGCUGGACAGCACUGAGAAGCUAGUGGAGGCACAAAGUCAAGUCACCAAACUCCAGACCAAUUUAGAGAUCAUCAUGAAAGACAAGUUUGGAGGCCUGGACCCUGGCAGUGCAGACUUCCUUCUUCAAGAAGAGCGCCUGAAACAGCUGCACAGCAGUUAUGAAGCACAGUGCAGGGAGCUGCAGGAUCGUAUUGACGAGCUGCAGUCGGAGCUGCGGGAGUGUCGGACUCUUGGACGAGCUCACGAACCCUGCAGCAAACCUUUAUCCGAGGAGCUGGAGAGUAAAAGCCCUGGAACAGAGUCGGACCCAGGUCUCGGUUCAGACGAGGUGCAGCCGUUCAGCAUGAGCCUGGAAGCUGAGAUGAUGCUGGAGCAGCUGAAGGGGCAGCACUUCCAGGAAAUGGAGGAACUGAGAAACCAGCUUGAAACCAAGAUCAGUGAAUUUGAUAAGAUCGUGGAAAACCAGAAGGUCGCCCACGAAGACCAGAAAGCCACCUUGAUUAUCCAGCACCAGCAGGAGGUCCAGACUUUGAAGGAGGAGGUGGCUAGUGUUCAGAGCCAGCUCGAGCAGGUGGCGCUGGAGCAGACCCGUCUGGAGCAGAACCAGGCUGGGAAAAGGAAAGAGCUGGAGACCCAGCAGGAGGAGGUGGAGAACCUCAGACAGCAGCUGCUGGAAGCCCACAGGCACAUCACAGACCUGGAGGACCAGCUGAUCACAGUGGAAGGACAGCAGGCCCAAACAGAGGAAGACCGUCUGACUGUGAUGGAGGAGCUGAGAACCCAACAUGCCGUGGAGAUUACCAGACUAAAGGAGGAGCAGGCUGAGCUACAGGCCAGAGUAGCAGAGGAGAGAGAGGAGCUUCAGGAUCAAAAAGCUGAGCUGGAGAGAAGAUUACUGGAUGACUGGGAAAGGGAGAAGAAAGUCUUGGAAGAAUUCCAUCAAAGUGAUCUGAAAGCCCAGGUAGAGGAGGCGAAGCGCAUGUUUGAGGAGGAGCGAGAGGAAGUUGUGAAAAAACUGACUAAUCAAUGGCAGGAGGAGAGGGCCCAGCUGGACGAGCAGAACGAGUCUCUGCAGGUGCUGCUGGAGGAGGAGAUGUUGAAACUAGUCAAGGAGCAAGAGGAGAAGGAGAACCAGCUGAAGGAGCAGUGGGAGAGUGAACGAGCUCAGCUUCAGCAGCAUCACGAGAAGGUCACGCUCGACAGAAUAGUUCAGGAACGACUACAGUUGCAGGAGCAGUUUGAGCAGAGGGAGAGGAGACUAAGGGAGGAGUGGGAGAGGGAGAGGCUGCAGCUGGAGGAGGACUAUGAAGGGAUGAUUCAGGAUAGGCUGAACGAGGAGAAGGAGAAGUUCGAGACCGAGGAUGAGGAGAGGAUAGAGAUGCUUAUCGCAGAGGAGAGGGCGCAUCUGGAGGAAAGCCAUCAAGAGGCUGUGAGGAAGCUGAUGGAUAGGCACGCCGAGGAGAGGAACGCUCUCAGCACCAUGUUGGACAAGCUACGAGAUGACAUCACUCAGGAGAGGAAGGAAGUCGAGACCAGCUUCACCCAGAGAAUCAGCCAAGUGGAAGAUGGUUUCUCUGACAGUCAGGAGUCUGUCACCAAGCGUUUUCAGACCAAUAUCUUAAAUCUGGAAGAGCGCUUCCAAAGUGAGCUGCAGGCUUUUUCUGAAAAUCACGCCAUGCAGAAGCUCCACUGGGAAGCUGAGAUUCUCGAGGCUCUCGAGAGCGCCGAGGAACAGCGAAGAACCUUGGAGAAUAUGGAAGCAGAGCGACGGGAGCUAGAGAAUGUUCACAGUGAAGAAAUGGAAGCUUUAAAGAUGGAGAACAAGCAGCUACAGAGUGACCUGGACGAGAUGAUGAGCAGGGCGCAGGGGAAGGAACUAGAACUCCGCAUGCAGCUGAACGAUCUUCACAGCCGACUCCAGGAGAAACAUGAGCUCCUCGCUCAGUCUGAGAGCAGAGCUGGUCGCGUCCAGCUCCUGGUGGAGGAGUUUAAACAGGAACGGGAGCAACUUCUCAGUACCUACUCGCAUCUGGAGACAAAGUACAGUGAGGUGCUUUCCACGUCAGAAGGGCAGGUCGUUGAGAGCGUUCAGCUUUUGACAGAGCGCGAAGACUUAAAGGUGAAAGUGGAAGAGCUGGAGAUGCUUCUGAAACAGGCUGCAAUGGACUUUGAGCUGGACCGGCAGGAGCUGCAGGAGAACCUCUCCAUUCUAGAGAAACGGUUACGAGAAGAGACAGAUGUGUCGGAGAUGGAGCUCAAACUGCUGUCUGCUUCUCCAGAGAAAGGCCAGGAUGAAGAGGUGAAGCAUCCACGUCUCAUGGACCAUGCUGUAAGCCAAUACCAAACAGAGGUGACCUUAACUGGUGGAAACGUGGAUGGUUUUUGUGAGGGUUACCGCGGUGACAAUGUUGUUCCUGAUCCCGUGCUUGAAGAUCGGAGCCCUGAGCGAGGUGAACUCUUCUGCAGAGGUUGUGAUCACCGCAUCCCAGAUGCCCCUGGCACUUAUUUAUCUGCUGAAAACAGAAACGGAGACGCUUCCCAGGAGAUGCUACGUGAGAGCGUCUCACCGCUUCAGGCAUUUGUUGAUGGUGAAACUCGAGGAGCUGUUGAAUUCCACAGCGUGGAAACCAAACCUCAAGAGGACUCUGGAGGCUGUUCUCAUGAAGACGAGCCACGUGAUGAGACCGUGGUUGGUGCCUCUGGGCCGGAGGAGACGGGUGACCCUGAUGAAUGUUCUGUAGAGGAUGCUGAGAUUAAAAGUUUACCUGAUAACUCUCACGACGGACAGGAACUAGUGGUAGAUUUAGACUCUGAUCGUGAAAACCACAGUGGAGGUCCACGUGACUGUGUAGAAGCUCUGAACCAUGAGAACCAGGAGGUUCUAAAACUACAGGCUUUAUGUAACACUUCCAUAGAUGAGAACCUUCUCCUACAUGAGAAGGUUUCUCUACUUCAGCAGAAAGCUGAAAUCCUAGAGAAUCUUUUGGCGCACAACAGUGAAAAAGUCAGAACUGGUCGUCAGGCUUUAGAGGAAAACUACAAACUCAAAGUUCAGAUGCUGUUGCUGAUGGAGCACAUCAGGCAGCUGGAGAUGAAGACCAUACAAACCUCUGAUCUUCAGAUUAGAUACGAGGAUUGCAUGUGUGAAAAUGCCAAACUGAAGGAGCAGAACUGUGAGCUGGAACAGAAAGUGUGGAGCCUUGAAGGCAGGGCUGAUGUUCUCCACAGCUUUCAAAGUCGACAAGUGUCGCUGAUGGACGACAUCAGCAGGAUGAGAGAGGAAAAUGCUCAGCUGUUAGCGCUGUUGGGACAACUGGGAGGGCAGGAAGGAAGUUCAGACACGGAACAACCAGAAAGCCCCACAGAGGAGGCUUUUCUGCACCCGGAUGGACAUCUGCAGGCUGAGACCUUUACCCAGGACUGCUGCGAGGAGUUCGAAGAGCAGAACGCCGAGCUUCGAAGAGCCCUCGCAGAGCUACAAGACGAGUCUCGGGCUUUAACCGAAACAACACAGGCUUGUAGAUCCACAGCCAGUCGCCUCGCUGAGGAAAACCUCCUCCUCUCUCAGAACAUCGCUGCGCUGAAGGACGGGGACCUGCAGCAGACCCGGGAUGAGUUAACACAAUCAUUAGAGGACCUGAAGAAUGAGAAGUUUGCAGCUCAACAAGCAGCAGAUCGUUUUAAACAGCAGCUUUCAGAGUUGAAUUUGCAGAGCCAGCAGCUGGAAGGGGAGAACGAGACGCUGAUGGAGAAAAAUGCCCAAAACAGUGCUGACAUCGAGGGUCUACGGCAGCAGCUGGCAAAGCUGAUGAAGGAAAUGGAGAAGAUGGCGAUGAUCCAUACUGAAGAGAAGAAGAAGAUGGCAGUGAGUGUGUCUGGCCUGGAGGCGGAGUUAAACAAAGCUUUGAAGGACACCGCACAGCUGGAGGAAAGAAAUGUCCAGCUGUCCCAGCAGCUUUCUGAUCCCCGAGAGAAGGUGGAUUCAACAGAGCGUCCGCUCGGACAUUUUCUAGAGGAGUGUCAUGUGGAUGAGGACGCCGCAGGGCUUCACCAGCCGGCCAAAGCUAGAGACAAAGUGAAGACUGCAGAUGAAAGAGUUCCGGCUCUCAACCGGCAGAUGGCUCACCUGAAGUCAGAGCUCAGGGUUUUGCAGCAGGAGAGGGAUUCCCUGAAACUCGAGGUGUCAGUGUUGCACAAGCAGCUGCAGAACGCCAACGACAAAAACCAUAUUUUGGAGCGGGCUUUACACUCGAGCGGUCUGCAGAACCACACCAAGAAGCUUUACAGAGACGGGAUGUCUCGGAUCCUGGAGCAGGAGCAGCAGCAGCUGAGGCAGGAGAAGGAGAGGCUUCAAGCUGAAGUUCACAAGAUCAAAAGUGACCUCAUUCAGUCCAAAGAAAAGGUCCGUCAGCUGGAAGCCGCAACGCUGGCGCUGAGCAAGCAGAAGCAGCAGAGUCAUUCCUCCAAAGUGAAAGCCCUGGAACAGGAGACUGCCGCUCUGAAGCAGGAACUCGAAGCACACAGAAAGUUAACGACGAGCUGUGAAGCUGGACGGCACGCGGAGCUGGAGGCUCUCCGGCAACAAAACGAAGCUCUGAAUGCACAGAUAACUCGACUGUCCUCCCAGCUGCUGGAGUCCUUUCAGGCUCAGUUUGGUGGGUUUUUGCCUCCGUCGCCUCGCAGGAUGCAGAGGGGACAGCAUCACGGAGAGGAUCCAGACAACAUGCAGGAAGAGCGGGAGCGAAAGAUGAAGAACAUGGAGGAGCGCAUGAAGGAAAUCGAACUGUCGCUGUUUAACGUAAAGCUGCUGCUGAAGGAGAAGGUCGCUCAGCUGAAUGACCAGCUGAACAAGAAUGGCAAAGCUGAUGUUCUGAUCAAAGACCUGUAUGUGGAGAACUCCCAUCUGGUAAAGGCUCUGGAGAGAACUGAGCAGCGACAUGAAAUUGCAGAGAAAAAGAACUACCUGCUGGAGGAGAAGAUCUCCACCCUGAAUAAGAUUGUACGGGAUCUAAACCCGUCUUAUCUUCCAGGGCUUUCUUAUAACUGUAAAUACGCAUGAUGACAUCUCAGCAUCUCAUUUUCUUUUAAUGUUCUCUAUGUAAAAUGGACUUUUACCUUCAGGGACACCUCUGUAGCAAAUCCUACCAAAUGGACAAGAAUCUGAAGGUUCUAUUGCAAUUUUUUACUUGGAUUUUUGCAGUAUUUUUGUUAUUCUAAGUUGCUGAACUUGCAAAUAUCAAGUCAUAUUUUAGACAUUUUAUUUCUCUGUAAUUUAUUAUUUUACAAAUAUCUUAAAGUAGAAACUGUUGUAUC